AAUAGACUGGAGGAAGAAUGCAAGUGGAAGCCUGCAGCAGCUGCAGGUCAGAUCUUGCAUCAGGAUAAAAGAGAGAAUAACUUUUGGCACAGCGGCCAGUCACCAGAGUAUAUUUUUGGGCACUGGAACAGAUUUUGGGGGCAAAGUGGGCUGGAAGAACUUUGGUUGGGGGAGCGCUCCAGUGCCAGAUGAAAACUUGGGAAGGCCCAGGUCUGUCCUGGCCCAAACCUGGCUGUAGGCCAGCAGCCACCUCUACUGUGCCUAGCCUUUUGAUACGCAGAGGAAAUUGUAAGUGUGAAGGGUUAUGGGAGAAAUGUACCCUAGCAUUCCUCUCUGUGGUCAAAGAUUACCUUUGGAAUGUAGGAAGAGACAUCUGUAUGAGCCAAAACUCACUUAGGCAGAGGAUAGAAGCUCUCUGAAAUAAAGUAGAACUUGAAUGGAGCCCAAACAUGAAGAAAUGAUCUAUCUAUCUAUCUAUCUAUCUAUCUAUCUAUCUAUCUAUCUAUCUGUUACAUUUCUGUACCGCCUCAUACCAAACAGGUGAUAAAACCAAAUUAAAACAGCUAUAAAAAUAUAGAACUAUUUAAAACAGCAGGGCAACAAUAAAAAUCAACUUUUAAGUUCCCGUUCCUUUUUUCUCCCUAAUUUGAUCCAUCCCUUUAUUCAUAUAUUAAAGGCAAAAACUUUGUUCUGUUUAUGCAGGACACAAGGUUCCUGCUACAUUGCUGAGUUCUUCAGGUAGAGCUCCACUCCAAAGCGUCAACUGCAGUAAUCCAGAAGGCUGUUCCAUUUCUCUUUCCUGUUUUCAUCCCACUAUAACCAUCACUGCAGAAGUGCCCCUUCAGUUACCAGACAGAGAGGAAUGAAAUACGGUUGCAUGUACCCAAGCAUCUUCAGAAGGUCUCACCCAGAGGCAGAACCAAAGGAUGAAGAUGAAGAGGGGGCACUGACAGGUCAUCCCAGAAACCCAACCCAUGUUGCACCAUUUUCUGGGGGACUCCCCAAUGUUUGGGGGGACAUUCUGGGGAAAGAGCUCAUUGAGGGACCCUCCAUGCCAGAACCCCUUCCAGCACCUCGCAUCACCAACAACAUCCUGGGGGAAGAGCUCACUGAGGAACCCUCUGUGACAGAACCCCUUCCAGCACCUCGCAUCAGCAACAACAUCCUGGGCGAAGUGCUCACUGAGGAACUCUCCGUGCCAGAACCCCUUCCAGCAACUCACAUCACCAAUGACAUCCUGGCGGAAGCGCUCACUGAGAAACCCUCCAUGCCAGAACCCCUUCCAGCACCUGGCAUCACCAACAACAUCCUGGGCGACGUGCUCAUUGAGGAACCCUCCGUGCCAGAACCCCUUCCAGCACCUCACAUCACCAACGACAUCCUGGAGGAAGAGCUCACUGAGGAACCCUCCGUGCCAGAACCUCUUCCAGCACCUCGCAUCACCAACGACAUCCUGGAGGAAGAGCUCACUGAGGAAACCUCAAUGCCAGAACCCCUUCCAACACCUUGCAUCACCAAUGACCUACUGGGGAAAGUGCUCAUUGAGGAUACCUCAGUGCCAGGUCCUUCCAUUCUCACAGACACUCCGAAGGAAGCAGCUUCUGUGUCAGAGCCCUUACUAGAGCCUUCCAUUGCUGAUAAUUAUCUUCAGCAAGAAGUAGAACUCCUCAAAGGGUUACAGCAUGACUAUGUCCAGCAGCAACUGAGGGUUCGCCGCAUUUCCCAACAGUUCCCUCGUUCUCUCCGGGCCAUCAACCUGCAAAUUGGACACAUGCGGACAAGGCUCAUCCGCAGUGAAGUUCGGCUGCAGUAGUGGGAAAGGGAAGGUAUGUUCACAGCAUGUCCCUGAAAUUGCUGCUGGGCUAAGAACGGCUCUUUUGUUUAUUUCAUGUUGAAAUGCUUGAUCUGAGUCUGCAUCUAAGGUUUCAGCGGGGAGGGUUGUCAGUGCUUGCUGAAGUGUUCCUUCGUUUUCUGUCUUUCAUGUGUCCAAGCUCCAGUGCCUGUAAUCCAAGCAGCUUCUCAGAGUGAGCAGUGAGGGCAAGUGAUGGUGGGUGUGGUAGGAUGUCAGCCUUUGCAGCUGACCUCCUGCUUCUUCUCUCUUGCAGAUGUUCCUGCAGGCCCUGCUGCACUUCUCCAGCCCUCUGGGUCUGAUUCAUCAUUGUCCUCUGCCUCCCUUGAGGUUGCCUCCAUCCCACCCUCCACCUCCACCUCUUCCCUCCUCCUGCAUCCCUCUCCACCUCCUUCUCCUCACCCACCUCCUCUGGAGCCAGACUUCAGCAAUGUGAAAGAAACUUUGCAGAGUUUGGUAGAGAUGAAGGUCCAUCAGCUGUGUGACCGCCAAAGAGACCUCCGCAGCUGCCAGGAAUGCUUACAAAGCUUCAAGGCACUGAGGGGACAAUUGAGGCGGCUAAGGAGCAGACUGGCCAGGGUGGAAGCCACUAUGGGGAUCGUGGUUCCUCCAAGGGAGCUGGACGUUGCUGAGGAAGAAGGGGAAGGCAAAUUAAAAGAGACAACUGUGCUACUAUUUACAUAAGUAGCAAUAAAAUGCUGUGUAUAUAUUUUUUAAAAAUUAAAUAUUUUUUAAAUAGGAUGUAGAGAUAGAACAGCAAUAAAACUAGCAUAUUUAUUGUUUUUU